CCGAAAAAGCUAGAUGAAGAAGUAGCAAGAUUGCAUUUGGACAAAUUAGGUGUCAAAUUGACAAAGUUGAAUGAAGAUCAAGCCAACUAUCUCGGUAUACCAAUCGACGGUCCAUAUAAGCCGGAUCAUUACCGAUAUUGA